AUGGCUACGGCUGUCGACCAAAAGCUGCUCCGGCAAACCAAGUUCCCUCCCGAAUUCAACCAGAAGGUUGACAUGAAGAAGGUCAACGUUGAAGUGAUGAAAAAAUGGAUUGCAGGCAAGAUUUCCGAGAUUCUUGGUUCUGAUGAUGAUGUUGUUAUCGAGCUCUGCUUCAACUUACUGGAGGGUUCGCGAUUCCCAGACAUCAAGGCGUUACAAAUCUCACUCACCGGCUUUCUUGACAAGGACACUCCUAAAUUCUGUAAAGAAUUAUGGAACUUAUGCCUGAGCGCGCAAAGCAACCCUCAGGGCGUGCCCAAGGAGUUGCUGGAAGCCAAAAAGUUGGAAUUGAUCCAAGAAAAGAUCGACGCUGAAAAGGCUGCAGCGAAUGCGCAGCAACGUAAGGAUCAAGAGAAGGUUCGAGAACAAGAAGUAGAUACGGUUCGCCAAAGAGAGCGAGCAGAACGUGGUCGCGGACGUGGACGUGGCAGAGGUGGCAGAGACUUUGACUCACGUAGGCCCAGAUACUCAAGAUCGCCCCCUCCGCGUCGACGCUCUCCCUUCGGGGGUGGACCUCCACGACGAGAAGCCGAUACAUAUGUACCUGGCGGGCGUGGCCGAGGAAGAGGAGGGCGUCGAGGCCGAUCGCCAACCAGGUCCGUGUCUCGAUCCCCAUCGAGAUCACCGCCACCACGUCAACACCGACGGCGGCCCUCCCCUUCAUCAUCCCGAUCUCCAUCGUCCUCCCGCAGCCGCUCACCUCCUCGCCGGCGGGCUCGAUCUGAAAGCAGGAGCAGGAGCAGGAGUAGCUCGGGAGGCCCCGGUUUCAAGAAGCCCAGAAGAGAUUCUCACUCACAUGGUGAAAGGCGUGCACGAUCUGUCACCCGUUCUGAUCCAUCGCACUCACCAUCACCUAGAAGAAGACCUUUGAGCCGUUCGAGAUCAACGAUUAGUCGAAGUCCAAGCCCUCGACGGCACGGUCGCCGCUCAAGCCGAACCUAUGCUUCGUCGGCUUCGAGAUCACGGUCCAGGUCACUCAGUGGAAGGCGAGGAAACGUUGGAGGCAGGCGUUAUAGGAGAUCACCCUCUUAUUCUUCCGACGAUCGAGGAAGCAACAGGCGCGCUGAUGUUCUCAAAGGUCGAAAUGCACACGAUAAUCGUCGUCUUAGCCGAAGCCCGAGCCCGACUCCGUACCGGCGCAGACGCAGCACCAGCAAUAGCGCAAGUCCUGGUGCACGAAGACAUCACAAACGAAGAAGCUCACUCCGGCGGUAUGAGCCUGCAGCUCGGAGACGUCGUAAUACCUCCUCUGGGUCAUCCCCUGAACAGAAGCGACGCAAGCGUGACGAGUCGGGAGGAGAAGGGCUCGGCAGGAGGUCUGUCGAUGGCGAAGGAGUGGGCGAGACGGACUCAUGA